CACAGUUCACAUGCAAUACACAGACUAGUGAACACGAGGCUUGCUCGGCAGAACCAAUCGACCACCUCUCAGCUAUUUAUGGCUGCACUUGAAAAUCUUGAUUUGGACGCUGGCGAGCUUGUCAAUCAGGCUUGCGAUUAUCUCAGCCAAGGAGUUGAAUUCGAAAACAAGGAGAGCUUACGCAAGAGCAUACAACUAGCGCGCUCUCGUGUCGGUAAACCGCGUAAACCUAGGACUCGGCCAGUGAAUCCACAAAAGAGAAAGCUAAUGAUGUUCGAAGGAUUAGAUGACAUAUUGAAGACCGAAGAGGAUGACGACUAUCCCAUGCAGGUUAUGAACGACAACAUUAUGGCGAGCCUUAUGAAAGUGCAAAAGACAGAUAGAUCAGACGCAUCCCGUGAUGUCGGUUUGCCUCUUUUUAACAACGGUCUGUCGAUGGUUAAACCAGACUCUCCAUUUCGUCAAAGUGCGGCUGUGCCACCUCAGCACAAGUCACAGAACGAACAUCCAAACUCGUUUCUUCAAGCAAAUCUUCUGAAUGGAAUGACAGCUCCAUGGCUAAACGGUGUAGAUCAAGAUCCAAUGUCUUUUCUCUGGACCAACAUUUUGACUCCUGGCAGCAUGGAUGUUUUGUCAGCAAUCGCUACACUAUCGAAGCCCGUAACUGUCGUUCAACCGAAGCGAGAGGUGACUCUUCCACCGGUCGGUGUUGCAUGCGAGAACAAUCCCACACAGCUGAGUGUGCUGAGUGUGUCCACUUCCUCUCCCACGGUAAAAAUGGAUGCUGGGUGCCAGACAAUCGAAGAUAUCAAGGUUUCUCAUUGCCUUUCAUCCGGUUGCGGGUGCCGAAUAGUUCGAGUAUGUUGCUGUGAAAACAGCACUUGUCACAACCGACAAACGGCAUGUUGA